AUGUGGAUUUUAACGAUCCAUUAUUUUGAAAGAACAGCUGUGUAUUCCGCCUUCAGCAAAUGCAAUUGGCGUAAAUGGGAGCAAUGGCCCAAAGAUUCCGAUCCUCAUCAUUCAAUUAUCAUCGGGGAUCCCCAGAUUGUUGAUGCAUUUUCUUACCCUACUAGACCAGGCCCUUUAAUGUGGUUAACACGAAUCCUAGCGGACAAUUAUCUUCAUCGCAACUACGAACUUAUGAAUAGAGUCUUGAAACAACAUUCGACAAUCUUUGUGGGUGAUUUAUUUGACGGCGGACGCGAAUGGAAGGAUAAAGAUUGGUUUCAGGAAUUCGAUCGAUUCAAUCGUGUCUUUCCCGAGCAAAAAGAUAACAGAGCUUAUCAGCAAAUUCCGGGCAACCAUGAUGUUGGCUUUGGAACAGGUAUCUCUUAUGAUGUUUACAAAAGAUUUAAAACUUUCUUCGGAGAUGCAGACACAUAUGUGACCCUUGGAAAUCAUUCAAUUAUUCUUCUAGAUACUGUCUCUCUUUCGGAUACCGACAAUGACUUGGUGGCCAAAUCAUCAAGAGAGUUCUUGGAAUCUUUCCAAAAGCCUGACCAUCCAGCUAAGGAAUUUCCUCGAAUUGUUAUUACGCAUGUUCCACUAUACAGAAAUCCCAAAGAUCAAAAAUGUGGAAGAUACAGAGAGUCUAGCAAACCUUUUCCCAUUGUUAAGGGAAAGCAGUAUCAAACAGUCAUCGAGUAUAAAUACUCAAGGGAAAUAUUGGAUUGGAUAAAGCCAAAGUUGAUAUUGUCUGGAGAUGAUCAUGAUUAUUGCCAUGUAAGACACCCACUUGGUAGAUCCGGCCUUGACAAGCAAGACCACAUUUACGAUGAGAAUCACGACUCUGUUGGGCGUGACUUUUCUGAUGAGAUCACUGUCAAAUCAAGUGCGAUGACCGGAGGAAUCAGAUGGCCAGCCAUACAGAUGCUCUCUCUUUGGAAUCCAGGUGAAGAAGGCGGACUUAAUCGGGCAGAUUCGGAAAUUUGGCAAGAAACAGGUAGUCAGACUGUUCUUCACGAUACAUUCGAGUCACACCUUUGCUAUUUGCCGGAUUUCCUGAGACCACUGAUAUGGUAUGGGGUGUUAGCGGUGAUAUCUUAUUUGUCACUUUUUUUCUGCACUGUUCUUCCCCACCAGGCUUCCAAACUUGAGUCUCGUUUAUCAAACUUACCAAUUUUCAGGCAGAAAAGAGAAAUCCUACCACUGUCAGAAAAAUUGACCGACGACCAGUUCAAAGCGAAAUUUUCCAAGAAACCGAUUCUGGUUAAUCUUUUGUUGGAUUGGCAACUUCCUAUUCGUCCAGACUGGAGUUCGUUUGCUAUUGAUACCGUCAUUUUAACGGUAUUUAUAAUUUACACUUUCCAUCGCAGCAUCACUUCUAUAUAA